AUGGCACAAGAAUCUCAUAGCGUCCGCAAUGUCAGGCGAUGGAUUGUCGUGGUGAUAGCUGCGCUUGUUCUUGGCUUGGGGUAUCCAUUAUUUUGGGGUACUACCACUAUUUACCGAGCUGAUUUACCAUAUGAAGAGAUUCAACAGCUUACGACAAAUCUACAACAUAAUAUUCAAUUCAGAAUCCCGGUGUAUUUACAGGUAUCGGAUCCAGUACCGGUGAGUUCCACUCAGCAGGCAUUUAAUACCAGACUCAGUUAUACGUAUCCUGAACUUGGACAAUUAUGGUCAGUAGAAUUCACGACUGAUUCUAACACAGUUGAUUCUCAUAAGGAUUAUGUUGUCAUUGUGAAAAAAGCAAAUGUUCUAGAAGAUUCAUUCCAGAUCUCACCAUAUAGUAAAAUGAUUGAGAUAUUUGUAUCAGACAAGACUGUAGCCGAUGAAUACAUAGCUUCUGUACUUGUAGAUCAAGUGUUUAAAGAAGAGAUUCAACAAUUACUUAGCUUAACAACAAACAAAAAUCAUGAUACUAUCAGUACUGUAAUGCCUUAUUCAUCCGAUUAUAAUAUUGUAUUUUCAUUAUUUGUAGAGAAUGGAGUUGAAAUAGACUGGCAAAUAGAACAAUCUAUUGAACUUUUCACGCCAAUUUUAGAUAGAUUGAGUCAUUUUGCUAAUUUUUCAAUUGCUACUCAAGUUCAAUACUAUUCGAAAUUAUCUAAAGAAAUUAAAUAUAAUGAAGAAGAUCAGGCAUUUGUUUUAAAACCAUCUGAUUUAACAACUUUUAUAAAUUUUGGAGAUUGGAAUUUAUUCACUCAUGAUAUAAAUCCAACCAUAAACUUUAUAAUUUUCUUCCCAGCUUCAAAUUAUGAUAACAAACCUUGGAAGAUUGAAGGUUCCAAAAAGAAUUCGUUCUUAGUACCACAAUGGGGUGGUGUACAUAUAUUUAAUAAGGAAUUACCAUUAAUUGAAAGUUCUAAAGUGACUCUUACUGAAGAUGAACUUAUUCCAGUAUUAGAAGUAUUUUCAUCACAAUUAUUUCAAUUAUUAGGGUUUGUAAAUUCUCCAAAAUCACCAUCAAUAAGAAUAGAUACACUUUCAAGAGUUUCUACUUAUAAAAAUUUAAAGCAAUCUCUUGAAAGUCUCACGUCAUUAAUUAAAGUUACAAAUUCUUUAAGUGAAAUUUCAAUUCCUGAAUUAACAAAGGAAUAUGUUAAUAAAUCAUUAGAUUAUGCUAAAAAAGCUAUUGAAAAAGUGAAUAAUGACCAAGACUAUUUAACCUCAGUGACAUAUUCUUCAUUAUCUUUGAAGAAUUCUGAUAGAGCAUUCUUUGAAAAGGAAAUGGUUCAACAAGCAUAUUUCCCUAGUGAACAUAAAUUAGCAGUAUUUCUACCAUUACUUGGACCAAUUGGAUCAAUCAUAAGUAUCGGAAUUUUGAAAUUAAUUUCUGAUAUUAAGAAAGAUCGUUCCAAAGCCAAGAAAGAGAAGUCAGAAUAA